AUGCCCCCUUAUCAUAUCUCGCUCCCCGUAAACUGCGAUAUCGACUUCAACAAAGAUCCAAUUGCUGGAAAAGUUGCCAUAGUCACCGGAGGUGCAAGUGGCAUUGGGGAGGCUUAUGUACGGGCCCUACACAGCUCAGGAGCCAAGGUUAUAAUCGGCGAUAAAAAUGCUAUCGCUGCGGGGAAGCUCACUUCAGAGUUGACAGGCUCAAAGUUCGUUCAAUGCGACGCAACUGUUUGGGAAGAUCAAGUUCGUUUGUUCAAGGAGGCCGCUCAUCUGUCUUCCUCUGGGAAGAUUCAUUAUGUGAUAGCCAAUGCAGGGAUGACGAAAGAAGACCAGACAUUCACUUUUGACGGUAAAGGCCAAGAACCGCAGAAGCCAGACUUGCAGGUCAUCGAUGUCAAUCUGAAAGGAGCGCUUUAUACUUCGAAGCUAGCCAUGCACUAUUUCGUGUCCCAAAAUGGCACCGAAGUCAACAAGGACCAAGAAGAUACCUGCUUGAUCCUCAUCAGUUCAGGGGCCGGUUUUCUCGACGUUCCCAGAUCUCCAGAGUACAGCAGUACGAAGUGGGCGGUCCGCGGAAUAAUGCAUGCUCUGAGAAGAACAGCAUUUUACUAUGGAAGCCGAGUGAAUGUUAUUGCACCAUGGUACAUCCGCACAGGUAUUCUCUCCAGAGACCAAUUCGACCAAGUUGAGAAAUCAGGCGUCGAGUUCGCGACGGCUGAAGAUGCUGGUGAAUGCGCGCUGAGGAUCCUGUCUGAUACCAGCAUUAAUGGAAGGACGCUCUUUGUCUGCGCGCGGAAAUGGGCUACUCGUGGAUACAUGGACUUGAACAUCGAGGAUUACCCUGAAAGUUUGAUCCAGGAGAUACAGGAGGAUCAAAUGAGAAAUGCCCCAGUCGACCUUGGGCUGUUCCUAUGA